CUGGUGUUCCCAGUAGAUGGCAGCCACUGGGUGAACAUGAACAUCAUCAUUGAGGAGCUGCACUCCCGAGGUCACAGCAUUACUGUAGUGCGAGACUCAAAUAGCUGGUACAUUAAAGAGGAGUCUCCCCAUUACAAGGCCAUCACUAUCUCCUCCAGUGAGAUUGUCGAGGAGAUCACCGACUCCUUCAUACAGAAACAAAUGAAUAUUCGUAUGGAAGGCAAGCCGGACAGGGACAUGGAACAAUCGAGAGAGCUAAUAGAAGUAUUUUCAAAAAUGAAUAAGGAUAUAUGCACAAUGAUGUCUGCAAUGUUUGCUGAUGAGGCCCUGAUGCAGUCACUCCAAGAAGCCAAGUAUGACUUAGUUCUGAGUGACCCUGUAACAGCUAGUGGAGUGUUCAUGGCCUACCAUCUAAAGCUCCCAUUGGUGCUCAACGUCAGGGGGACUCUUUUUGGGGACGCUCACACUCUCAUUGCCCCUUCUCCUCCAUCUUAUGUCUCUGUACUUGGCUCUGGGUUUCCUGACCGCAUGUCAUUCUCCCAAAGAGUAUGGAACUGGAUUAUAUGUAUGUGGAGUAAGCUGUACCACAAACAGAUAGCUGCAGAAUUCUCAGAGUUCUCCAAUCGCUUCUUUGGACCGGAUGUUGACUUUGUGUCAUUGCUCCAGAAUGCAGAUUUAUGGCUUGUACGAUAUGACUUCACUUUUGAGUUUCCACGCCCAACCAUGCCCAAUGUGGUCUAUAUUGGUGGUUUCCAAUGCAAGCCAGCUAGACCACUUCCUGUUGACCUGGAAGAGUUUGUCAAUAGCUCAGGGGAGCAUGGGGUCAUCAUCAUGUCCCUUGGAACUCUGGUUGCCGAGCUCCCUAGUGACCUCACGGAAGAGAUUGCUGCUGCUUUUGCUCAGCUUCCCCAAAAGGUCAUCUGGAGAUAUAAAGGGCCCAAGCCCUCGACUCUUGGCAACAACACCUUACUAGUGGACUGGAUGCCCCAAAAUGACCUGCUGGGACACCCAAAGACUCGAGUGUUUGUAGCCCAUGGGGGCACCAAUGGUGUCCAAGAAGCAAUCUCCCAUGGUGUCCCGAUAGUUGGCUUGCCUCUGAUGUUUGAGCAGCCAGAAAAUCUGUUCAGGAUGGUGAUGAGAGGAACUGCUAAGGUACUGGACAUUGCCACUCUGGACAGAGCAGUGUUUGUGGAGGCGCUAGAGGAAGUGCUCUAUGAGCCGUCCUACAGGGAGAACAUGCAGAGGCUCUCCAGGAUCCACCAUGACCAGCCCAUGAAGCCUCUGGACCGCGCCAUUUUCUGGAUCGAGUUCAUCAUGAGGAACGGAGGAGCUCCUCACCUGCGCACUCAGUCCUUCAGGAUGUCCUGGAUCGCCUACCACUCCAUAGACGUCAUAUUGACUCUGAUCAUGGCUCUGCUGCUCUUACUGUUGAUUAUGUUCCUGGCAAUCAAAAAAUGCUGUUCAGUUAUAUUCAACAAGAAAGUCAAAAGCGAGUAAUGCUUAAUAUAAUGUCGCUGUAAUUAUGUGAUAAUAUCUACUAAUUAGCUUUUUUGCACAGUUUGUGUUCAUGAAACAAAUGCUUAUAGAAGAAAAAGCUGCCUUGUUAUCAUACCAAGAACAUGGUGCGUAGCUCCAUCAUUUUAACAGGGUGAUGGUGUAGUGGUUUUAAGGAAUUUGGCUUCUGGGUGGAAGCCAGAUCGUGGAUUUGAUUGCCAUUUCAUUUAAAUGAUUUUCUCUGAGAUGAUUAUCAUAUUAUGAGAAUAUCAUAAUGUUAAGACAAAAAAAAAGAGCUUCAUCAAAUAAGCAAGAUGUGAGUAAUGUGGCAUUCGGUUAUCAUACAAAUAGUUAAUGUAAUGUUAAUGUCAUAUUCAAUAAUGAAAACAAGUAAAUAUGUCAGAGAACAUAGAGAGAAAUGUAUUCAACAUGAGUGUCUGCAUUGGUACAACUGGACAUCAAGUAGGCUAUUCAAGAUAGAACUGAUAGAAGUGUAAAAACAGAGAUGGGCACCUUUUUGCAUCUCAUAUGGGAAUGAUCUAUGGUCAAAUCAUUUUUGCGCAAAAUACUAGAAGUCUUAGGGGCAGUCCACAACUAUAUGGCUUUUUGGAAAAUAAAACAGACACAACAAAUUUGAGCUAUUCAGCGCCUACUCAGUUCUGGUUGGGAUUGCCUCUGCUGCCAGAAUUAUUCUGAGAUACUGGAAAUCACCCACAAAACCAACACGACAAGAGUGGAAACUUCUAAUGAGUGAGACCUCAUCAUAUGAGAUCUAUGUGAAAAGUCACUGGAUUUCUCCUUUAACUGAAAUGUCAUUUUAUAUAGAUAAAUAGAUAGAUACAGUAUACUUUAUUGAUCCCCAGGGGGAAAUUCAUUCAUUUUACUGUCUGAUCGUCUCUUUUUUUAUAUUUUUAUAGGCUGCACCAUUAUGAGCUGUUGAUUAUUUUUUUCAAUGCAAAAUAUAAAAAUAAGUGAAAAAAUAAUGAAGAAAGUUAUCUAGAAAUUGAUCCCUCAUUAAUAUAACUGUGGCUGUCAUGCUUUCUUUUUCUCUUUUGUGAAACUUGGCUCACCCUCACCAUACCCCGUAAAAAAUAAAAAAGCAAGAACAUGCCGCUUUAAGUACCACUGUCUUUAGCUGAGUCAUUCUGAACUGCACUUUGAUGUGUAUUAUCACUGCCUUGGAUCUGGUCUUUUCACCUGUCGGCCUGUAGAAGGUGGCAUUAAGGAAGUGAUUAGCUCUCUCACGCAUAAGCUGAAAAACAUAUUGGCUGAAUCUCAAUCUCUCCCCUAAACCCUGAGCCCUGAACCCUCACAUACUUAACUGGCAUCAGUUGUAAGUGAUCUAGUUUGCCAGGGUGUAAAGCAGGGAUGGCCAAAUUCUCCCGUCAUGGGCCAAAAAAGAAUUAGGAUGGAGGGCCGCGAGCCAAAACUAAAUGUUCAAGUCCAUCUGAAAUACAGAAAUGCAUAAGUUGACAUAGAAAAAGGGUUAAACUGUCCA